CCGCCGGGUAACUUUCGUAUUUUUCAAUUUUCUCCAGUCGCAAGUGUUACGCUGUUCCGGAUAGUGCUGCUGUGKYUCGAUUCUCGUCCGCCGUUUAUUUUGCGCGUCGUAUUUGUCGUUUUAAUAUUAUUAAUUAUUAAUAUUAAUUUCAUUGGUCAUCUUGACUUUCUCUCUGCCGAAUGUGUCGUGGAACACGACCGCCGUCGAUAUUAUCGUAACAACGCUGCAGUGUGCAAUUUACGCGGUUUAUUGCAGGGGUGCUCUUCUUUUCUUUGCUGCAAAAUGCAGCGGUCGUUUCUUCUCUUCGUCUUGACGAUUACAGGGUUGGUAGGAUGCUGGGCAACUUCAACUGAAACCCGAUGUAAAUUCCCUGGUGCCCCAGCACACUCAACUGUAUCGUUUUCCAAUGAUACAUUAACUACAGGUGCAAUAGCUACGUAUACUUGCGAAAGAGGAUUUGAACUUCUAGGACCAGCAAGAAGAGUAUGUGAAUCUACUGGUGAAUGGCUACCAGAAGGAAUACCGUUUUGCGUGUUAAAUGUUGCUGCGGGCAAAGCACCUAUGCAAAUUAGCUCAGAACCCGGCGGCCUACCUCAAAAAGCCAUCGAUGGUAGCACCAGUUCAUUUUUCAGCCCCGAAACAUGCACACUUACUAAACCGGAACGUACCCCAUGGUGGUAUGUUAAUCUGUUGGAACCAUAUAUGGUGCAAUUGGUGAGACUGGAUUUUGGUAAAGCCUGUUGCGGUAAAAACAAACCGGCUACGAUAGUCGUGCGAGUAGGAAACAAUAGGCCCGACCUAGGCACGAAUCCUAUAUGCAACCGAUUCACUGGCUUUAUUGAUGAAGGAAAACCGUUGUUCCUUCCAUGCAAUCCACCCAUGCCAGGCGCAUUCGUUAGUGUCCAUAUGGAAACUGCUAGUGGAUCCACUCAGUUAUCAAUAUGUGAAGCUUUCGUCUAUACUGAUCAAGCGUUGCCGAUUGAAAGAUGUCCACAAUUCCGAGACCAACCACCAGGAAGUACUGCUACAUAUAACGGAAAGUGCUAUAUAUUUUAUAACCGUCAGCCAAUGAACUUAAGGGACGCAUUAGGGUUUUGUAGAUCAAGAGGUGGCACAUUGGUUGAUGAAAGUAAUCCCGCAUUACAAGGAUUUGUCAGCUGGGAACUAUGGAGAAGACACAGGAGUGAUUCACAAAGUCAAUAUUGGAUGGGCGCUGUGAGGGACGCUCAUAACAAAAAUAAUUGGAAAUGGUUAAAUGGUGAUGAUCAAACAGUAUCGUUCUGGAGUUUACCAUCAAGUGGUUCUGAAACUACAUCAAUAAAUGGAGGCGAUUGUGCCCGAUUCGAUGGUUCCAAAGGCUGGUUAUGGUCAGAUACUAAUUGCAAUGCUCCGCUAAAUUUCAUUUGUCAACACCAACCRACUGCUUGUGGUAGGCCAGAACAACCUCCAAAUUCAACAAUGAUAGCUGAUAAUUUCAAUGUUGGUACCGCGGUCGAGUAUUCUUGCGAUGAAGGCCACCUGUUGAUCGGUCCAUCAACUCGCACGUGUCUCGGAACAGGGUUUUAUAAUGAAUUUCCACCCGUGUGUAAACGAAUUCAAUGUGGUUUUCCUGCGGACAUUUCAAAUGGUAGCUAUAAGCUAAUCAAUGGUACGGUCAACUAUUUAAGCCAAGUACAGUAUAGUUGUAAUGAAGGAUAUAAAAUGAUCGGCAGAGAUAGAUUAAUUUGUGAUUUGGACGAAAGAUGGGAUGGACCACCACCAAAGUGUACAGUCCAAAAAUGUGAUGAUCCUCCGGUAGUUCCUAAUGGUGAAUACCAGAUGUCAAACAAUGAAAGUAUUGUUGGAACACUAGUGGAGUACACAUGUGUGUCUAGACGUUUCCGUUUAGUCGGACCCAAACAAUUAGUAUGCUUACCAAGUGGCCAGUACGAUAAUAAACCACCUUAUUGUAAAGAAGAAAUCAAAACACCAAUUGCACCAGCUGUGUUAGUGACUAAGGCUGUAUCGACAAGUACUGUUCCUAGCAGCCGUGCGCCACCGACUCCUAAUCGUGAAAAACCACGGCCGUUCACAACCAAGCCAACUAUAUUAACGAAACCAGCAAACGAUCAGGACGAUAGCGGCCAAACGUCAUCCAAUGUGGUAAUCGCCUCUGCGCAUCCGCAUGACAACGAGAUUCCAGAUAGCGUUCACGUCCGAACAAACCCAAAUGCGGCCAACAUACCGUCUCAGGUGGAAAGCGAACACCGGCUUGGCCCCAAACUCAAUUUGGGAGCAAUAAUCGCAUUGGGUGUGUUCGGAGCAUUCGUGUUCCUAGCAGCAGUUGUGACCACAAUCGUCAUUCUAGUGAAAAGGUAACGUGAUUUUAUUACGCGGUGUGCUUA